AACUGACCGGAGACUGACCCUGAAUAGUUAUGGCAGAAAUGUCUGACUUCCAGAAGGCUCUUGAAGCCAGCAAACAUCUUAUUGCUAAAUUUGAUGCAACCGCUAAAAAUUGUCCUGCUACGCCAGUGCAAUGGCAGCCACGGGACAGCAAUGGGGAAAUGCUCUUUAAAAGACCUGGUCAAGCACCACGAGGGCAAAUUCCGGCCAAAAAAGCAACAAGCAGCAUUCCUGACACGGAAACUGUUUCCUUAGAUGUCCUAGAUACAAAUUUCCAGGCCUACUCUGUCGACCAAAAAAUAAACCCUGGAACAUCGCAGGUGAAUGUCAGCUGGGGUGACAGGCAGGCUCUAAGCUCAGAGAGAUGGAGCUCUAUCAGGGACUCCUUAGUCCGAGCCUUGAUGUCCUCUGAGGUCUUAGAGCCUGCCUGCAAAAUCUGCAGCAAAAGGGCAGUCAUUCACUGCCAGGCAUGUAUGCCGAAGGAAUUCCUGUGCAGUGAGUGCGAUGAGAUGGUUCAUGCACAUCUUGUGCUACAUGACAGGAGUGCCACAAUUAAGGGCUUUCACCAGCCCAUAUCACCCACGACUGUAGUCCAGCCUGAGGGUGACACAUUCAAAUUGACGGAAACAGUGCGAUUUCUACCAAUAAGUAUCCCCAAAUUAUGUGGCUGCUGUCCCAGUGCCCUGUCGAUGACAGCAGCCAAAGGCGUUAUCCUGGUUGGGAUGAAUGGGCGUUACAACCUGUCCAUCCCUACCAUCACGUGUGGCCUGUGCCAAAAGAGUUGGACAGCUGGGUUGGAGGACCUGGUCAGGUGUGGUUACUGGCCUGCCACGGUGAAUCACCACACCUUGUACCAGGUCAAUAUGCUGACAGCAUUCCAGCAGUUGAAGUUGCUUGCUCCGGGCUUGUCGCGUCAGGCAUACCUUGGCAUGUUGGAGGAGAGGAGUAGAGCCUGUGGGAGAUCCAGCAACAUCUGUGGAGAUACUUUUCAGCGGGCCUUCAUAGAGUGGUCCCACGCAGAGCAUGAGGUGGAGAGGGCCAUGGGGAUGGACCCAUUUCUCUGCUCUGCGUGUGCUCCUAUAAUGCACGCCAUUGCUGUGGAUGGCAAUAGGAAGCAUUAUCGCUUCAAAAAUGCCACAGGGUCUAAUGUAGGUCUGUUUGAUGGUUCCUUCUUUGCCAAGGACGAAGAGGUGGCCAGCUUUGUGCAGUCCAUCCACAGCAACACAAAGCAUACAUCAGGCAGUGGCAGGUGUGGGACAAGCCAGUGGGCAGCAGCUAAGGAGAUGAGUAGACCCUCCUCGUCAAAAAUUGAUGAGGAGGGUUUGGAAAUAGCUGUCUGCAGGCAUGGGGUUCUCCUACGAGCUUUAAACAUGUUCAGGGGAGAAAUCUUUGCAUAUCCCCUCUACUUGCAUAGAGAACUCAUGCCCCUUAGGCCUGCAUUCCUUUGCAUGGAUGUGGCCUGCAAGUACUUCCCAUACCUGAAUAGGGUGGCCUCAGUGUUUCAGGAGUUGCAGGCACUGCAGGCAGUCCGACCCCUCCUUUCGGUCAUGCAUGCCAAAGCCCACUCAUGGACAUGCAAGCUGAAAUGGGGAGGCCGCAACCAAGAAGGCGCAGGGAACACCAUUGGCGAGGAGGUUGAACAGGUCAACAGUUUUUUGUCUAGGGCUGCCAUUUCAACCAAAUACAUGUCGAAAGGAGCACGAAGAGACAUGAUUACAGUGUUGGCAAUUUUGUGGAACCAUCGAAAGAUGGCAAACCUCCACAAAAUAUUGGCCCAGAGGUAUUCAAAGGCGCAGAGAAGACUAGAUGAAGAAAUCAAAAACCUGCAUGCCCUCUGUGCAGAGCUGAGUGUUGAUGACACUCAGCUCCAACAGUGGAUCUCUGAAGUCCAAGGCUGGCCAUGUGCCUCUACUGUCGUGGAUGAGCAUUCCCUGGAGCGCCAGAUUGAGCACCUUUACCUCAGCAUCCGGCAGCGGAAGCACAUGCUGUACAGAGAGACUGACUCCAAUAAAAGACGACACUCCAUCCGGCGGAAAAUAGCAGGCGACAAAAAGAAAUUGGAGUCUGCUAUUGACCAAUUAGAUGAGGCCUACAAGGCAAAACUGCCAUCCCUUGAUGACAUGCUUGUCCAUGACAAUUUCAUCUGGCCCUGGGAGAGUCUGUCUUCGAGCAAUGGGAAUCUCUCUCACAAAAAAAGAGCAUUCGACAUUGCCAUGCUGGUCAACCGGUUUCAUGAGGAGGUACAAAUUGUUGUGGGGGAGAUGCACCGGCACAUUAACUCCCUUGAGUUACAGCUUGACCGGGUGAAAUCCCUGCUCCAGGAUAACUGUGAACCAGAACAAAACAAAAUCAAAAGACACAUCUUUGAGCUGGAAGGAAACAUUACAGCGGCACUUCUAGUUUACGGUCCUGCUUUCAUCGGUGGCAGUGUGGUUGUUGAGGUACCUCUGCAGGACAGUGAGGCAUCUGAAGAUGAAGAUGAAGAUGACACUUCAGAUGAAUUGGAUGAAAAUAGUUGUGAUGAAUGAAUGAAUUAAUGACUGAAUGAAUGACUGACUGAAUGAAUGAAUGAAUGAAUACAUAAACACAUACAUACUGUACAUUUUACCCCAAAAACCUUGGAUUAUCUGUGUCCUCUCAGUCCAUCCAUGCCAGUGCACGGGUGGGGUUGGACCUUUGGAGGUUAAUAAUUGGGAGCACCUGUAUUAGGGGCUGUCUUCUUUCCCAUUAGACACCUUUCUUUGUCUUUUUUUCUCUCUUGCACUUUGCACUCUCCCUUAUUCUAUGUCUCUCUUUUCUUUGUCUUCUCAUUUAGUCUCUUAAAUAAUCCAAUGAUACCUACAUUGCAUCCCCACACGCACA